AUGGUCGUAGGCGAUGUAUUAGGACAUAGUGUUGACGGCAACUCCAAGCAUAUCGAUUCUUUAAUAGAAAGGGGGUCCAAAUUUGGGAAAUCUAUAUCAUGGAGUAAACACGGGAUUAUAGCAUUUGCAUCUCCACCCGAUUUACUUACACAACAGCUGCCAAACCUGUUCAAAAACAACCUCUUGCUAACAUAUUUGGAAAGAGUUGAUGAGAAUUCAUGGCAAUUGGCGAAAUCGGAAGGAUUGAGCGUGAAACUGCUGAAUGAUCAUGCAUUUAGUCCGAGCCUACUGCUUGUAAGCUGGAGUAACUUAAGUACAGACUUGGCAGUGUCAGAUGUACACGGAAAUUUCUACAUCUACUUGGCAGGAGUUGGUGUUAUAAAUACCAAACAGUCGAACAGCACAGCUAACGGUACUUCCUCUAAUGGUGGGUUGGCCAGCAAUGGCUCAAAUGGUACCAACGGAGCUGCCAAUGGCACUACGAAGCAUACACCCACUCCCUCCAACUCCGCUGACAAAGCGUUGGAUUCGUCGAAUGGCAUUUCUGCAGGACCCAAUGCUUCUAUCAGCUACGAAUUGACGUCCUAUAAUCAUUUGGAAAUGAUAUACAGAGAUAUAGUAGACACAACUACACCACUCCCCACCGGAGCAAGUUCGACUGCAUCUGUAAACUCUGUAGUUGGUUUCAAGUGGCUCAACAUUGAGAAGAACCAAAUGUUAAAUAAACCGGCUACUAUCAACGUACCACCUCUGCAGAAUAGCCCACAGCAAUCACCCCCAAAUGCUUCCAUCACAUAUUCUUACGGUGUGAAUCAAUUUGCACCUCUAGGUGCUACACAUCCAAUCCCCACCAAGCAGGCUUGUGUGGCCCUCAGGGAAAACGGUGAAUUCCAUUUAUAUUACCAAGGGGAACACAAGGUUGAGUACCACAAAGUAACACACAAGUUGAGUAGCAGUGCGAAUAUUCCAGUUAACUUUAAAACAGCAUCAAUUGGGUUCUCGAAAAGGAAGGAAAUCAUCGUGACUGGCUAUGACACACUCUCUCAAAUGAUCAAAACAUUUGCUAUAACUAUUGACUGGGGUUUUUUAAUACAGUCAGCUCUAAAACAAAAGUCUGACCCACAUUUCCAGACUCCAAAAGAGCUGCAAUCCACGCCAAAAUUACUGGUUAAGUUUUUGUACGAAAUGAGUCCAAUGAGCAUUGAAGUAGAAGUUGACCAAGAAAAAAGAGAUGACGAUGAGAUGGAUAUUGACACUCACGAGGGUUCUAAGGACAGUGAUGAUAAGAAGUUUGCGUCAGAACACACAGGUGAGUUAUCUUGUAUUGAAAUUAUAUCGCCCAAUUUCUUCCCUGACUCCGAACUAGAAAUAUUAAUAGCGUACGAUUCGUAUGACUCUAUUAAUGAUUUCGUGCCAAAUUCGACAACGAUCUAUAGGUACACCAUUGUUGAUCAAUCGAGUAGAAUAUCCGACGUAUUUUCAGAGCUUGGUCUGCAAGGCGGAGGGGGAGGUGCUGGAGUUAGCAGAGACAAUUCUGGAAGUGGUAAGUCAUAUGCAUUGGAGCUUCAAGAUAAGAUAAAUGUGGAUGGUAUAAUUCAGUCCAUCAGCACUACCAUUGUUGAUACUUUCAUAAUAUUAACCUUGGAAAAUGGCCAAUUACAAUUGAUAGAUAGAAGUACAAUGUCUAUUGUAGAUAAGAGAAAGCAAACUCAGCAACUGAGUCCAACGAAAAGUCCCCCUAUAUCUAUCACCACCCUAUUUGAUAUAGGCUUUCAAUUUCCUAAGUUACCAACUGGUGCGCAUAAUAUGGUUUGUAUAUCUCCCAAUCUAACUUCUUUGGUAUACAUUCCAGUGAAUAGCCCACACCAAGAACUUACUUUCAAAGUUUUCGAAAGUAACAGGAAAAUUAUUUCAUCAAUUGACCUAUUUAUCACGUCAGUUGGGUUUGCAUUUCGUCAUGCGUACACUUGUUACACCAACACCUGCUCAGACGAUCUUUUGGCUUUGAUACAAAUCGAGAUUAAAGAGAUCAGAUACAUACUUAAGAAAACACUUAAGGAUGGAAGCGACCGCCAAGUAGACAACGUGCUCAAUAAAUUGAUUGAAUCAGUCAUUUGUGAAUCACACAAGGCAAUCAGUUUCCAAUUAGACGUUUACGGCAAGGAAUCUGUAGAUAAAUUGCUUUCCAAUCCACCGCUUCAAAAGUUGUUGUCUUUGCAACUCAUUUUAGGCGAGUUUGGUCAGUACCACCAUGCAAAGGGAAAUCUUAAUGCCAAAGUGUCUCCACAUAGAGUUGUUAAGGAUUUAGCCUGGAUUGUAUUGAACUUGAGAUGCACUAGUUUUGGUAUAAUGUUCCUGUUAUCUUCCAUCUUUAGGCAAAUUAAUAAGAAAAAGCCUACUGAGGACACUUUGCAAGAUUCAAUAUCAAGAGCAGAGUAUAUCACCUCAUUACUAGGAAGCAUUAAAUGGUUGAUAGAUUUAUCAAUCUAUAUAAACCAAGAGUUGAUCUAUCUUUCAAACGAAUCGCUAUCUAGUGAACCGGCUGAUCCAAAUAACCUCAACUUCAACAACUCCAUUGCAUUACCUAUAAUAUUAAGUAAAAUCCCAAGAUUAUUCUUAAUGUAUGCAUUCUCAUCUUUAGGAAAGACGAAUGAGGUAUUAGUUGAUUUAUAUCGGGUUCUCACUGAAAGCAAAAAGUUAUAUCCUCCUAUGAGAGAUGCACUCAAUAGAUAUUUGGCUAUCUAUAGUAACGCGGCUUUAAACAUCAGACAGUUCGAGACCUUUAUCAGAGAAUGUGAUACAUACAUCAAUAUGGAAAUUGAAAGAGAAACAAAGGGAAGGGGCAAAAACUUUUCCUUAAAAAUAGAACAGAAGUUAGUGUGUCAAGGGGUAGUUUCUGAAGAGAUCCAAAAAAUUGCUAAAGCAAUAUUGAGCAAGUAUUCUGCGAUGUCGAAGAGAGAUCCGAAGACUUCAGAUCUUUUCUUCUAUGACGUUGACUGGCUAUCUAUUGGAAUAAGAUCACAAGGUAUGAACCAGCUUAGUCAAGUCGCUCCAGAAGAUAGCGAUGCCAAUUGUCAAAUUGUUUACAAUUAUCCGAAUCAAAGACUGUGUAUUACUCCCAGACUGUCAUAUAAGGAAGGCGAAUACGUGGAUGGCUUAAGAAAAAUCAUCAUAGAUACCGUCGCUCAACAAAAGAUCGGUAAAUCUGUUUCCUCACUAAAGCUUAGAAAAUGUACAAGGUGUAGAUCUAUCUCGUAUGUUAAUGAUCCAUUGGUUUUUGCCUCACCUACAACCAUCGGUCUCUGGACUAUGGUUUUUCAAAGAACAUGUUUAUGUGGAAGUGCAUGGAUAAACUGUAUAGAUAAAUAG